AUGGACUAUUCCAACUACCCAGACAAUCAAUCCCAACCAUUCUCGCUAUACGGGCUGCCCACCCCCGACCAGCAGCCUCAGCCACCCUCUGACAAUGGGCUCCGCGAUCCCUUCUCACUGAACAACUAUAACCAGUACUUUCCCGGGUUUGAUCCUUCUGCCCGCCUCGACCCCUCCUCAUCCUUCGUGCCGCCGCCACAUUCGCCGCCGGACUCCUAUAGCAAAACCUCCGUCUCUAGCCAUGACCCGAAUAAUAAUACCAAACCAGGCACCUCCUCUAUUGAUGGAGAUGACAAUCAGUUUGGCGACCCGGCUUUAGGUCGAAGCAGCAGCGAGGAGAAGGAAUCGAUGACGCCAGCGCAAACGAAGCGCAAAGCGCAAAACCGAGCAGCCCUGGAGGAUUCAUCCACCUCUCUUCAAGCAGAUAAUGAGCGCCUGAAGCGCCAGCUCGCCAAAUACGCAACAGAGAAUGAGAUUCUGCGCGCCACAUCACAUUCUCUAAAUGGCAAUAACAAUGGUCCGCCAAAAGAACAACCUCAAGCCCCCGUUACGGGACCCAUGGAAUACACUCCCAUCGACUUCGUUUCCAAAGUCACCUCCGAGGAGUCCGGAUGGGUUCCACACCCUGGUUCAACACCGCUCAGCCCUCAGAGCCCGCAGCAGCACCGUAUCACGGUGUGCCAGGUUACCGGCGAGAAGCUUCUUGGCCCCGGCGCAACUUGGGACCUUAUUCAGAACCAUGAGCUCUUUAAGCGUGGUGAAGUGGAUAUAGGUAUUGUCACAGACAAACUCAAGGGCCUAGCCCAGUGCGAUGGCCAGGGCCCUGCUUUUAAAGAAGGCCAAGUGCGCUUGGCUAUUGAACAGAGUGCGGCCGAGAGAGAUGACCUACUUUGA